UCCAGACGUGCGUCUUCGGGGAAAAAGACCGCGAUAAGGACCAAACGAAAACCGACCCAGGAGGGAAAAAGAUCCGGCUGAAAGAAUCUUAAGAAAUAAUUAAAGUCAAAGAGGCUCUGGUUGGAAGCCUUCAGGAGGGCCCCAUGGGGAGUGAUAAGAAGCAGAGGCGGGAGGAAGUGAGAAAUACAGAGAGUAGCAACCAAGUAGCAGUUAAAUAGAUUACCGCCCCUUCUUGGGGAACCAACGUUUGACAGAGCGAAUUUUUUGCAGAUCGACUCCAGCCUGCUAUCUGAAUACUGACAUUUUGCGUCAGUGAGCCCACAGAUCGCGCCCAUUAACCUUGAAGCAAAGCCCUAAUCUCUACACUAGGGUGGACCCACAGCAGCAGCAGCAUCUACUCCCCUACACAGAGAGCAGGAGAGCUUCCAGAUGGAGUGGCUAUGGACCGAUAUAUUGUCGCAUCCACUGUGGGCUUUUUCCACGCUGGUCUUGGGGCUCGUCGUGCGCGCACAGCGGAGGGGACCGUGGGACCCGCGCGCGUGUCCCGUGGAGCUCAAAGGGAAGACCGCAAUCGUCACUGGAGCGAAUACAGGGAUCGGAAAGUUCGUAGCUCUGGACUUUGCGCGGCGCGGUGCUCGCGUGAUCCUCGCGUGCCGGAGCGAGGCGAGGGGUUCGGCGGCUGUACGGGAGAUCCGUCGGCGUAGCGGAAACCAGGACGUGCACGUGCGCCUGGUGGACACCUCCUCCCUGGCCUCUGUCAGGGCCUUCGCCGAGGGCAUCCUGCGCGAGGAGAAGCAGCUGCACAUCCUGGUCAACAACGCCGGGGCCUCAGGCCUGCGUAGAGCCAUCACUCCCGAUGGCCUGGAGGUUUCCUUCGCCACCAAUCACCUGGGGCCCUUCCUGCUCACCAGCCUGCUAUUGGACCUGAUGAAAAGCUCCGCCCCGGCGCGCAUCGUGAACGUGUCCUCGGUCAACCACUGGAAGGGCGUGAUCGACUUCUCACAUUUCCACGGCGACAACCUGACCUACACGAUGGACAGCAUUUAUAACCACACCAAGCUCCACAACAUCCUCUGCACCAACGAGCUGGCCCGCCGGCUGCAAGGCACAGGUGUGACCGCCAAUUCCCUGCACCCCGGUGUGGUGAUGACUGAGGUGAUGAGGAACUACAACUGGCUGAUCAGGUUAAUCUUCAACCUGGUGGGAAUCUUCUUCUUCAAGUCGGCUGAGGAGGGGGCCGUCACCACCAUUUACUGUGCCGUGUCGGAGGAGGUGGAGGGCAUCAGCGGGAAGUACUUCGACAGCGACUGCUCUCUCGUUCUCCCCGCCCCGCUCGCCCGAGACUCCGCCCUCGCCACCAAGGACUUUGAGAUCUGCGAGAGAUUGACAGCCAAGCUGUGAGCCGACCUGCAGGGGGAGGAGGAAGAGGAGGAGCCAGGGCCAGGAAGCCGUUGUGGAUACGAGACCUCUUCAGGGACGGGUGCUCAAAGUGAGAAAAGGGCACGCCUGCCUAGAAAAACAGUUUUAAAACACUCAAUGUUACAAUGCAGGAUAUAUUUCACCAAAAUGAGGGAAUGAAAAGUUGUGACAGCAAAAAUAACAUAACAAAUAUUAUUUUUUGUUUUAUCAAAUCAAAGGGGCAGAUCGGGCACUUGGGGCAAAAGGGGCAGGGGCUCAAGGUGCUCACGCCCCCCCUUCCCCCCCCCCAUCACGCACAUGCCUGGUGCAAAGGUCACAACCUGUCUUAAUCCUGUUCUAUUUAUUGUUUUAUAAGUGAUGAUGAUGAUGCAAAGCCAUUAUGAGACUGAGAGGGAAAAGCUCCAUUGUGACAUCAUUAAUGUCCCAAGAACCGACCGGAAAGUGGUCAGAAUAAAGAUAAUCCACUGCAAAGAUGUC